AUGGCCCCUCAAAGACAUCCCGGUGAGGAGCCUUUGCUCCUUCUGCGUGAGUCGCUGGUCGCUUUUCGAAGCGACUUAGAGGUUCUGUUCCAAGCCCAGCAGAGGCACAACAACACUCGCAGGCAACUGCAGGACCUUUACGUUCGACUUCUCUGGACUCGUCAGAACGCAGACCCCGAACCCACGAGCGCAUCCACGCAAGUCGGAAUAGCUGGUGUCGGUAAGCUGUCCGAUUCACCCAACUCUAAGGGUGCCCGUGCCAAGAAGCAUUCGAUCAAUCUCGAGAGUUUCGGUGGUGAGGAUGAGCUUCGAAGUCUGGUCUUGCGGUUCCUGGCAAACGAGAAAACAGCCACACAUCUCCCCCACGACAGCAUCCAAGACAUCUGGGCCGAUGAGCUCUCCGCUUCAUCAGCACGGGUCUCCGCUCUCAUCAGAGAUGGCAUGCGCUCCGACUGCUGGCAAUUCGUGCUGGCAAAGGAAGGCUCCAGGUGGGAGUAUCGGAACUUCGAUUCUGUUGCGUUGCUCUUGGCGUGGCACGUUCUCCAGCAGAACGACCUGUCCAUCGUUCAGGAGCCGCUGGAUCAACAAGCUGGUGUGCCUCAGGCACUGAAAGCAGCCAUAGAGUUGGUCGAGUCAGAUCCCAGCAAAGGCCACUCCUUUGCGGAACUGGCGAGCUGCUUGGGUCCGGACCAUACCGUCAGCGUACUCGGCGAUGAGUACGAUGUGAAGAAAUUAUACAUCAAAGCCCUGAAGCUGGAUCCUUCGCUAAACGUUGCGAAGGAGCAGUUGGGGAAGUUGCUGCAGGAAGGCGAAGAGGUGCGGAUUCGUGGCAAAGUUUUCACCAAAUCCUCCCUCACGGCAAGUGCUGCAAGUGAGGCUGGCACUGCCGAGCCCGACCUGUGGGACAAGGUCGCCUCCGACAUCUCCCCUGCACUGGCAGAGGCACAGUUAACACGCAAGCUGCUCGAAAGCGAGGCUCAAAUCUCGAGAGAUCUUUGGAGCCCUGUGGCAGCCGAAAUCGAGUCGGGCAAGCUGCGCAAGGACUUCGACUUGAUCCGUGCCAAAGCCAUGGAAACGCCCCCCGUGCGGCGAAGCCAAAGCGAGCUCGAGAUCGCGUCAUGUAGCUUUCCACCUUUGGCGGCCACAGUGGAUGAGAACAAGGAGGUAGCGAUGUCAACACCAACGAGCACAAUCUACGUGGACCCAUCGCCAGAUGCUGGGAUCAGGUUCGGCGUCACCACCCCAGACACUGCCGCUUUGCCUUCAGCCACCCCUGCCUGGUCUGUGCAAGACACGGAUUUGGCAGUGGCAAAGGCAGCGACAACCAGAAAAAAGUCAGACAGCACCCUGCCUUCCACGUUGAGGGGCAUGUCGCCACUACACCGUCCCAAAGACGUCGGCAAGCUUUUCGAAGAGAUGGACGCUGAUGGUGAUGGUUUCUUGGGCGAGGAGGAUUUGAUGUCAUACCUACGGGACUAUCUCAGAUAUGGUGAGGCCGAAGUGAUGGCAUUUCUGCACGCCCAUCAGCAGGAUGGCCGUGUAGACCUGCCAGCUUUCAAGCGUAGUCUCAAGGAACUCCAGCCCUACGCCAUCCAUGACAGGUUCAACAAAACAAUCGUGCGGAAGCCUGGUGCAUUCGGUGGUCUCGACUGCGUCGAUUUCCACGUGGAGGACUGUAGUGGUUGCACCUGCCUGGUGUGUGAGAAGUCCUCUGAGUUUCAUGCUGAUGGCCUGGUGGAUUGUCGUCUUGUCAUCGGGCCCUGCGAGAACUCUACCUUCGUGAGGAACUGUGAAAACUGCACUUUUUGGGUUGCUACAAAGCAGUUUCGUGUCAGAGAGUGCAUAAAUUGCACGUUCUACUUGCACUGCCACACAGAGCCGAUCAUUGAGUCUUCCAAGGACUUGCGCGUGGCACCCUUCUGUGCCGAGUAUCCGGGACUGUCCCAACAGUUCAGGGAAGCAAAGUUCGACCCCACAAAGAAUUUUUGGAAUGCAAUCUACGACUUCACGGGCAAGGCGGAGUCUGCCAACUGGCAGAUUCCAAGCCUCGAUGCUUGCGAAAAGCUCAUCGUAUCCUUCCGAGGCUGCAGUGAUGCGCCAGAUGGGCCAGCACCGGAGCUGACACAGGCCUUGCUUUGUGCUGACCCCCUUGUCAGUGGUGAGAGCCAGGGCCAGUCCAUGGCUAACAUCCCACAGACCAGGCCGGCUCUCCCAGGAAAGCCCGGAAGACAGCGGCUGCAGCGACUCAUGAGCGAUGCAGCAAACGAGGAUGUGGGUGGCAGGCUGCAGGAGGCUCUUGAAGAUGAACCGCUUUUCAGCAGCGUCUCUCAGGUGGAGAAGUCCAUGCAGUCCCGGCAGGAUCCGCAAUCCUCGAGCGACGAGGUGGAGAUCUUGGACUUGGAGGAAGAAGAGGAGGAUUCAGCCAAGUGGCAAACAAGGCUGCCUUCAACAAAGGAAGGCGAGUGGCGGCCAGGAGCUGCACAUGCUCCCCUGGCCUCUCACCCGUCGCGGCCGGCGCAGCAGAAAGCUCGGGCAGCCAUGGCAGCCGCUGCAGAGGCUUCUUUGGCUCCCCUGCAAAGAGGCGGAGGUCCUGGAAACCUCGCUGCCAAGAGGCCUUUGGGCGGACUCAGGCUCUCAAUGGCGCCUUCGAAAAACUCGAAGACCGAUACCAAGGCACCUGCAGACAGCAGUGACGACGACGAGACCUAUUUGCCCUGCACCAAAGCACCGGCAAAGCCAACCAGGCCAGCGGCCAGCGCAGCCACGAUAUCCAGUAUCGACAGCGAUGAUGAUGACGCUCAAAUGGAAGGGUCAAGUGCAUUGACUGCCCGACAGCGCAGCCUCUUGGCCCACGGGCUGACAGGACUGGGAGCCUUUGGGCUGCAGCCGAGACUCUCCAGCAGUGAUGAGGAGAGGACGGUGCCGAAGGCACGCCGUGAUCUGCCUCCAGAGCAGACCAAGAGGCUUGCGGACAGAAGCCAGACAGGCAACGAUCAGACACAGAGCGACAGCACCAGCGACGACUAG